GUUGCUUGCUUGCUUUUGUUUUGCUUUAAUUCACCUGCUGUAGUAAAAACUCUUGCAUUCAUUUCAAUUGUUCAUUUGUUCAUUCGUUCAUUAUUACAUUCCACGAUGGACAUUACGAGCGACUUUCGCAAGCUCGCCAGACAAGAGACCACCAAGCGUCAGGCCCAGCUACCAAAGAAAGAAAAGGGCACGGGCCGCCUCGAUAUUUUGCCACCCAAACGCCCCAAUUUCUUGCAGCCUGCCAACAAUGCUUUCCUGACCGAAGCAUACAUCAUUGCCAAGCACCUGCGGGCGCUGCGCGAGAGAAUUGUCGAAAUUCGGCCAGCGUACUUGAACCUGCAAAGCCGCCAGCAGACACGCCGGCCGGCCACCGACUUCCAUAGACUCAGCCGCCAGAGCGCUGUAAAGCUGUCCGAUCCCGAACGGGACGAAAUUGACCGCGGCAUAAAGCAAGUUGUUAGACAGAUGAUGGGAAAGAUUCAGUCCCUCACGCAACUCGGCGAGGCCACACUGGACGCCAUAACAGACAGCAAUGACCAGGGCAUUGAGGGCGCAAAGAUAUUGCUUAGGCGGCUAGUUGGCGCCUUGGAUCCCCGCAAGGCUGGAAAGUUGCCCGGCGAUAUGACUGAGCUGGCCAGUCAACCCGGGUUGCCACUGGAGCUCUCCAAACGAGAUGUAGUGACCGCACACCAGAGCUCGGUAAUCUGGUAUCUCAACUCGCUGCUGCAAAAGACAAACAAAGUUCACGCCGAGAUGCAGGAACUGUAUCUGCGCCAAAAGCUUGAGCGCCAGCGAGGUGUUCUUUCUCAGCAGCAGCCCAAACAGAUGACAUCUAAAGGUGCAGCCACAGUGUCAGAGAAGCAAGGGAGCGAACAGGACGAGAUGCUGAGCCACUUGUCCCAGCAGGAGUUGGAGAUGUUGCAGACGGAGAACCACAACAUGGUACAAGAGUUUGAAAGCGCACUCGAUCAGAUCAGAGACACGCAGAGAUCUGUGCUUGAGAUAUCAACACUGCAAUCGCAGCUAGCCACCGAGCUCAAUGCCCAAAUGCAGCAGACGGAGCGUCUGUACAACGAGGCUGUGGGCGCCCUCGACGAUGUGGGCCAGGGCAACGAUUAUCUCAUUUCUGCUCGCAAGCACCAAUCGACUGCUCGGAAAUGGGUGCUUACGAUAUUUAUCGUUCUAAGUUUAGUGCUGUUAUUUUUAGACUGGUUUGACUGAAUGGUAUGUUGAUAGAAGCUAA